AUGACAGCCUCAACUUCAUCGUCCCGCAAACUCAUCCAUCUCAUCACCGAUAUCGACAACGCCCCUUUAGACUUUGAAUCCAACUUUGACCCUUACUACCGUCUCUUCCUCUCUCCAGACCCUCGUCCCCAUGGCUUCAUCCUCCCCGCCACAGUAUCCCUCAUGCCAUGGCCCAACACCUUCACCAUCGACCACUCAGCCCGUACCGUAACGCUGACCUCGCCACCAUCUUCUUCAUCGCUCACAGAACACGCCAAUGCAGCGUUUCAAGAAGCCGUUGACAAAGCUAUCGACGACGAUCUGUUUCCUAUUCUUCACAAGGAACACAGCGAGUACUUCCGUAUAGUCGGCGCUAGGAGUUUCGUCCAGGUUGAGAGAUUCGCUGCUCCUCUGUUCGGUAUUGCUACACGCGGUGCUCACUUAACGGGAUAUGUCCGUGAAAAUGAUGGAGAGAUCAAGAUCUGGGUUGCGAGACGAAGUCGCCAUCUGUUCAGCUACCCAAGUCUUCUAGACAGCACCGUAGCCGGCGGUAUAAAAGCCAGUGACACACCACUCGCUUGCAUCAAAGCCGAGUCCACAGAAGAAGCCUGCCUUCCGCCAAACUUAGUAUCGACACAUGUCGAGCCCGCGGGCGCCAUCACGCUAGCCAACAUCAACGCCAAGUCGAAGCUGUUCCACUCAGAUAUCAUCUAUGUGUUUGACUUGGAGAUGCCGAGAGAUGUGGUUCCGCGGCCUGGCGAUGACGAGGUGGAAGAAUUUGUGCUGAUGGGUUGCGGAGAAGUUGUUGAGAGGAUGUUGAAGGGGGAGUUUAAGCCGAAUGUUUGUCCUGUCAUGAUUGAUUUCCUUGUGAGGAGGGGGUUUAUCACGAAGGAGAAUGAAGGGGAUUUUGAGGAGAUUCAGAAGAGGUUGAGAAGAGAGAUUCCCGUGCCGAUGGAGUCUGAUGUGUAA